CAACCAGCUGUGUGCUCAACACCACUGGAUCAACAAGUCACCUUCUUCGUCACUCCAUACACAAUGGCAUCUUAUGGGCUAUUAGACCAGCUGGACGAAGAUGGCCUCCACAAGUCGCGCCUUCUUAACGUCGAAGAGAAGCCCUUCAAGCGCAUCUCAAAACGUCUCCUGACCAACGACUCAGUCCUUGUUCCCAACACAUCCCUACCCCCAACUCCCCCGCCGGAUGGAUCGGACGAGGAGGCUACCGCCGCAGCAGCCGCGGCCGAGGCCGAGAAGCUCAAACGGCACGAGCAGUGGAGCCAGUUCCGCGACGACGUCGCCCUAGAUUUUGCCGCCUUCGAGAUCAGUAUUGCACGCAUUCAAUUCCUGCUCACGAGCAACGAGAAGGAGCGCGAGCGAUACGCGACGGAGAAGCUGGGAAUCCUGGAUACCAUGCAGUCUGUCCGCGAUAACACCUCCGAGCUGCGGGUUCAGCUCGAGGAAGCUCAGCGGCUUCUGGCGUUGCGGAAGAGCUACGACGAACUGGCGGACAAGAUCACAAGCAACCGGCUCCUGAAGCCGCGCGAGGACCAGCAGGCCAACCUGCAGAAGUUGCAGGCCGAGAUCACCGAUCUGGAGAAGGAAAGCAAAGAAUACGCACAGACGUGGGCAGAGCGCAGGGAGCAGUUCGGGCGCAUUGUCGAGGAAGGCAUGCAGCUGCGUCGCUUGAUCCGCGACGAGAAGGAAGAAGUGGAGCGCAGGGAGGGAAUGCAGGAAGGGGAGGAUGGUGACGAUGGCGAUGUGCCCUCCAAGGGCAAAUCGAGCGGCGCGAAUACACCUCGUCAGGACUCCGAGAGCAUGGCUUCCUCGCAGCAUAGCCCUGAAGAGCUUGGUCGACUCUCCGUGGGAUUGCAAGUGGACAAGACUGGCACAACGGGCGCAGCAUCACCUUUGCGGCAAGUGACGGUACCAGAUGAAGAGAAAAGCUCGCCGGACUUGGACGCUACGAUGGAAGAUGAGGGGGAAGUACAAGAAGAUUUGGAAGAGGGAGAGGAGCAGGACGAUCGCGCUGAUAAAAUGGAUACUACUUGAAAGAUCGGAAGCUUUUAUGAGCUAUGCAUUAAGCGCGGAGUUGAUUGGCGGCGUUACAAUUCAUGGUGGCUAAUAUUUACAACGAUUUCGAAUCCUUUUCCCCUUUCUUAGCGCAAGAUUACAAUGAUUGCCGUGUUAGCUUUUGAUGUAUAGACAGAAGUAGUGAGAACGAAUUCACGCGAUUUCUCGCUCGGCAGUCC